AUGAAAUUUUCACUCGCUGCAAUCGCUGCUAUUGCAAGUCUUUUGGCGCCGGUGGUCAAAGCUGCAACGCCGGAUGACUGGCGCUCGCGCUCCAUCUAUUUCCUUCUUACGGACAGGUUCGCUCGGACGGAUAAUUCGACGACAGCAACUUGUGAAACGCUCUAUGGUGUAUGCUCCAAGACUACUGUGGAGGAUCAUGGCAGGCUGGACUAUAUUCAGGAUAUGGGAUUCACGGCGAUCUGGAUAUCCCCCGUGACCGAGCAAUUGCCCCAAUCAACUGCGGAUGGAGAGGCCUACCACGGAUACUGGCAACAGGACAUCUACGCUCUCAAUUCAAACUUCGGUACGGCCGAGGAUUUGCAGAAUCUGGCUACGGCUCUGCAUGAUCGCGGAAUGUAUCUGAUGGUUGAUGUCGUUGCAAACCAUUUUGGCUAUGCCGGCGCGGGUGACGACGUGGAUUAUGCCAUCUUCAAUCCGUUCAACAGCGAAAGCUAUUUCCAUCCGUUCUGCUUGAUCACUGACUACUCCAACGAAACCAUGGUCGAGGAGUGCUGGGAAGGUGACAAUAUCGUCUCACUUCCUGACCUUGAUACAGAGAGCACCGCAGUUCAGAAUAUCUGUCUCACCCGUUCAUAUGACAAUGAGGACGAGGCCACGGCUAAUGGGAACUAUGAGCCAGUCGACGGCCUACGACUCGAUUCGGUAAUGGAAGUUCAAAAGGACUUCUGGCCAGACUGGAACAGCGCAUCAGGCGUCUACUGUGUCGGCGAAGUAGACGACGGAGACCCUACAUUCACCUGCCCCUACCAGAAGUAUCUUGACGGUGUCCUCAACUACCCAACCUACUUCCCGCUCGUACGCGCCUUUGAGAGCAGCAGCGGGAGCAUCUCCGAACUAUAUGAUAUGAUCAACGAAGUGAAAUCUGACUGCGUGGACUCUAAUCUGCUAGGCUCGUUUUCAGAGAACCACGACAAUCCACGCUUUGCGAGUUACACUUCGGACUUCUCGCUGGCCAAGAAUGCGCUUGCUUUCACUAUUUUGUCGGAUGGUAUCCCUAUUAUCUAUGCCGGUCAGGAACAGCAUUACGACGGUGGAAACAAUCCGUACAAUCGCGAGGCAACCUGGUUGAGUGGCUAUGACACUUCUGCAGAGCUCUAUACGUUUAUUGCUGUGUUGAACCAGAUUCGGAAUUAUGCUAUUCAGUGGGAUAAUGGGUAUACGACUUAUAAGACUUACCCGAUCUACCAGGAUGACAAUAAUCUUGCUAUUCGCAAAGGCAGCGAUGAGAGCCAAAUUAUAACUGUGCUUUCAAACGUAGGCACAGACGCUGAUUCAUAUAGCUUGACAAUCUCCGGGACGGGCUAUACUGCUGGAGAAGUACUCACAGAUUUGAUCUCCUGCACUAAUGUCACUGUUGAUGACAGCGGGGAUGUCUCUGUGACAAUGACAGGCGGACUGCCGAGUGUGCUGUAUCCGACUUAUAAAUUGGUCUACGACGGACAUCCUUGCUAG